UUUUGCCGGUGGUUUUUUAUGUACGUUUAUCGUUUGUAUUCAUUUUAUUUGGGUUUAUUAAACAAAUUAGAAAUUUUUGGCAAAAUCAUAGAUUUUAUUAGUUUCAAUCAAACGCGUAUUUUUGGAUUUUGUUUAGUUUUUUAUUUUAUUAUUUUUGUUCGGUCACGAGUAGAAAAUGUCCGAUGACGAUGUACAAUAUGUUAAGCGGCAAAGAACUCUUUAUUAUGGUUCACUAGAGGACGCCGAGCGUAAACGUAUGCUGUCAGGGGGUACGUCGAAUAUUACUGCUGCAACGACAUCAUCCCAACUGGAGGAUAUCGAGUCAGAUGAAGAUUAUGAUGAACAGAAAAAACAAGGAACAACAGUUGCACCUCCGCCUACUGCCGCCGCCCUAGCAAAUAAAAUUGACGAUGACUACUUCGAUUUGGAAACAGAAAUAUCAAAGGAUAAAGUAGCGCUACUAGAAGAAUUUGAGCGCAAGAAGCGAGCUCGACAAAUUAACGUUUCUACCGAUGAUGCCGAAAUCAAACGGAAUUUACGACAGCUUAAUGAGCCCAUUUGUUAUUUUGGCGAGGGACCUGCUGAGCGCAGAAGGCGUCUCAGAGAAUUAUUAGCAUCGUUGGGGGAAAAUGCUAUAAAACAAAAAUUGGCUGAAGAAGAAGAAAGAAAGCAAUUGCAAAAAGAACAGGAGACAACAUGGUACCACGAGGGACCAGAAACACUUAGAAUAGCACGGCUAUGGAUUGCCGAUUAUUCUUUACCCAGAGCGAGGGAACGUUUAGAGAAAGCUAAGGAGGCUCUUGAAAUACCGAGUGCUACCAGAGCUGGUCGCAUGGUGGAAUUGCAAAAACGCUUACAAUCUUUGGCUCCAUAUUCCAGUCAGGUAGGUGAUACCCGGCCACUGGGAGGAUGCGCUUUCAAUCAUGAUUCAUCUCUCUUGAUGACAUCGUCUUGGUCAGGUUUAUGCAAAGUUUGGCGGGUACCCGAUUGCAAGUUAGAACAGACUCUGCGUGGCCAUACGAGUUAUGUGGGAGGAGUAGCUUUUCGUCCCGGAGUAUCGUUUGAGGACAAAAAUGUGGUGGCUAUGGCUUCUGGAGGCCAUGAUGGUGCCGUUAAGCUAUGGGGAUUUGAUUCAGAGGAAUCAAUUGCAGACAUAACGGGCCAUAUGCCUCAUCGAGUGUCGAAAUUAAAUUUUCAUCCAUCUGGACGUUUCCUAGCCACAGCAUGUUACGAUGCAUCGUGGCGCUUAUGGGACUUGGAGCAAAAGACUGAAGUACUUCAUCAGGAAGGUCAUGCAAAGGCUGUACAUUGUUUAAGCUUUCAAUCGGAAGGAAGUGUUAUAGUUACAGGCGGCUUGGAUGCUUUCGGCAGAGUUUGGGACUUACGAACAGGUCGCUGUAUUAUGUUUUUGGAAGGACAUUUGGGUUCUAUAUUCGGUGCGGACUUUUCACCCAAUGGCUAUCACAUUGCAACCGGUUCGCAAGACAACACUUGCAAAAUAUGGGAUCUGCGACGUCGUCAAUCAGUAUACACAAUACCGGCUCAUGUAAAUCUUAUUUCUGACGUCAAGUACCAAGGUGACGGUGGCAGUUUUCUCGUUACAUGUUCUUACGACUGCACUACUAAAAUAUGGUCAAACAAAACUUGGCAGCCGCUUAAAACUCUGCAGGGUCACGAUGGCAAAGUGGUUUCAUUAGAUAUAUCACCAGACUCGCAAUAUAUAGCUACCACAUCCUUCGAUCGUACAUUUAAGUUAUGGUCUCCCGAAAGUUAAUCCCAAUUCUAUUCUAAUUACAGAUAAUAGUCUAGAUUUUAUUUAAAGUUGUUAAUUAUCACUUUCAAGUAAAUUUCAUAACACUUUGAAGAUGUAUUGCAAAAUUAUUGGCAACAUUUUUCAAAGACUUUAGAAAAUGUUAUUAUUGACUGAACAUAGCCCAAAACAACAAACUCCAUAUUUCUACACAUGUUUUUCAUUAAUCGUUUGUAUUUUUUUUUGUUAAAAUAAAUAAAAAAACAUUGUUAAACUAAUCUAUUAAACCCACAACAAA